GGGGCGUUGAGGUUGUCACGUGAUUUUUGGCGUGGCGGCGAAGCAACGCAUUGAAACCAUUGAAACAUCUUGACGCGAUACAUCUGCCUUGAGAAGUGGAUACUGUGUUGAGUGGUCUGCUUGGAGCGUAACAUCACUACAAAAUAUACUAUUACAUUUGUUCCAUUGGCUGUGUCCAUACACUCGGCAUAAUGGACAGCGGAGUGAUAGUAGUUACCAAUCCCACUGUGAAUGUGCGCCUAACAAGCACCAUCUCCUCCUUCGAGGUGCAGCGCAGGUUCAAUAGAGGGAUUAGUAUAGCAGAACUAAAGGGGAAGUUGGAGAUGGUUGUGGGCGCAACUGCCUCCUGCAUGGACCUGGAGUUGUUCAGUGUCGCUGACAAGUUCCUGCAGAAAAUGGAUGACAAUGAAGCUUUGCUGGGUUCCUAUCCUGUAGAUGAUGAUUGCAGAAUACAUGUUAUUGACAGAAGUGGAGGUCAGAUGGGCGAGUUCACUGAUGUUUCCAAAGUGGAGAAGUUUGAACUCGCAGAUGAUGCUUAUGAGAAGAGAACAGAUACAGCAAGGUCAUUCAUGAAGAAACAUCGUGUCGGUCAAUACAAUGAGGAAGAAACAGCCAAGAAGAAAGCUGAGCUUGCUGCUCUUGAGGAAGAACAGAAGGCUGCAGCUGAAGCCAUUGCUGUUGGCAGCCGAUGCAAAGUGCAGGUCACUGGGCAACCCACAAAGCUUGGCACGGUCAUGUAUGUUGGUACAACAGAUUUCAAGCCAGGCAUUUUUGUGGGUGUGAAGUAUGAUGAGCCCCUGGGAAAGCACAAUGGAACUGUUGAAGGGAAGAAAUACUUUGAAUGUGAGAACAAAUAUGGAGGAUUUGUGAAGCCCCUGAGUGUGACCGUGGGAGACUUUCCCGAGGAGGAUUACGGUUUAGAUGAGAUGUAGGACUUUAAUAAAACAAUGGGGUAGAGUGUUUUCUGCCCUGAAAUUUGACCUCAAACAGUUAUCCAGUCACCAUCCAGAGAUGACGAAACCAUUGUCAUUGUAACAAAUUAAAUUUUUGUUUUUGUUUUGCUUUUCUGGAAGGCAUGAUCCAAAGAGCAGGGUCUAAAGGUCUUUUAGGUUAAAGUUCUCUUUGGCCAAUGCAACCCGAAAGAGAUGAACAUUAAGUUAUACAUCUCUUUGUGUGCUGGAUAUGAUAAUAAUUAUACAGGAUAAUCGCAAGAGGAGUUCACACCAGCUAGGGUUGAUAAUGGAGAGGGGUUUUUGUUGCAUUACACUUCACACACUAUGUUGUCAGACACUUAGAGAAUAACAGUCUGAGCCUGUCAAUGGCUAAAAACAGCACUUUUAGUGGAUGUCCUGUUGACGGGUGCACUUGCCCACAAGGAUUUUGUUGCAGCCAUUGCAGUUCAUUUAGCUGCUACUGACUGAGGCAAUGUAUUGGACCCAUUCCAAACUUGUUGUACCUUUUUUAGUCAUUUAGACCACAAAAUAUGUAAAAAUUGGGCCAUGGUUUAACAAUAUGGGAAUUACCCUUUAUCUGUAGUCAUACAAUUUUGGAAUACUGUAAAUUGCUGAGAGUUGCCCAAGGAUUGGAUAACUGUCUGUGGAAGAAAAAAAUCCCCCCUUAAACUGACUCUGACACAAAUAAAAAGUGGCGUUGUACCUUGUAGUCCAGACUAACUUGAUUUCACAUAUGUAUCCAUAAUUAAGAUAAACUGGGAAAUGUUUUUCAGUCAUUGAUUAAAAUCAGUGCUUAAUGGUCAAACUCAUUCCCCCAUAUUCCACUCAUGAUUGACAAACAAGACAUUCACAGUUGAAGAGGAGAGAACAAUUUAUUCCCACUGACAGCAGCCUCAAUAGUCCAAAGUGCAACACAGCUGAUAGUUGUAUUUUGAGUUUGCGGCACGACCCUCAUCUUUUUGAGCGAAAAGGGUUGUUCCUGUUUGUUACACUUGUCUAAGUAAGUGUACAAUGCCUGGAAUAAGAGUGUAAAAGUAUGCAAACUUUAAAUUUAAUUUUGUGUUUGUAUGUAGCUUUGUAAAACAGUCCCAUUUUUAGGCUUCCAGGUGGCUCUAAAAUAUAAUUCCCCCUUUAUUUUUUCUGUGACUGAAUUCUUAUUAAAAAUAUUAAAUUGUCUGCACUUCAAUGUGUCCUGCUUAAAUUAAACCACUGUUGUAAAAAAACAUGUUUCACGUUUAAAAUUUGAAAUGGUAAGGCUUGAUUUUACUAUUUUUAAAUUGAAAUGUUAUCAAUCUAAUCAGAUCAAUCUGCUUACUUUAAACGGAGUGCUUCUGAAUGCAAAUGGAUGAUUAAAUCCAAGAAUAAAUCAUGUAAUCAUGGACAGUGCAUACUGGAAAACGGCCAGUGAACAGCGGCAGAGAAUUCAACCUGAACAGAUUUUAAAUUGUUAAAUUCGAUUUCAGGUCGUACCUAAUAGGCAAUUUUAUUGCAUGUUUUUUUAUUCUUGCACUUCCAAAUAGGUAUGGCACAUUGAAUUUCAUACGGUUGAAGUACAAUCUAAUUUUUAACCCUUUCUGCACAUGUAGAACUUUGAUCCUAUAGUAGAAACUGUUGAGUAAUAUGUCAUUUAGUGGAGAUGUUAAAUUCUGAAACAUAUCUGUUUAUGUUUCCCAUCUGCACAUUGCACAAUGUACCAUUAGAUGUACAUUCUUGAUUAGACACCAUUGAUACCUGGUUGGCCAUUUAAGUAGGAAUAGUAAAGACAGUAAACAUUUAAUAUUUGUGUCUACAUGGUAUAGUUCAUCAUCUUGUGUUCAGUCUCUGAAUCAUCAACACUGAACACACCAGUCACUUUCCAGUUAACUGCCUUUCUCCAUUAUAUUUACCACAGCACUCAUGAAAAUGUGCAUUUCAAAUGAAUGAUAUGCCUUAUUUAUGCUUUGUUUUAUCUUACCGGUCCAAAACUGUUAAUGUGUUAUUUUGUUCAUCCUCUAAAGUUUACAAAAGAAAUGUAAAGUAAUUAUUUUUGUGGUUUCUUUUCAAUGAAAUGUUACCACAUCUACAAGAAUGUCGUGGUGUUCUCUUUUCCUUUAUUUUUUUUUAAAUUGCUCUGUUAAUCUCUGGUGCUGGUGUGCCAAAGGGUAAUACUGCAUGGAAAUAAAAAAUUAUUUGCCUGUA